CAGAGCAGCAGCAGGUCAGGGACGCCGUGUGCCGGCCGGACCGGGCCGUGCCAGAGCGGGAGCUCAGGGCGGCGGAGAUGACAGCCAGUCUCCCAGGACAAAGAAUCCAGUGCAAAGCAGUCUCCCCUCUUGCUCCAGGGGGACAACACUGAAAAAGAAUAUGCAGGGGGCAGCUUGUGCUGACAUGGAGCUUGUGUCCUCCAUGAUGCAAAAAAUCACUCUGCUGGAACAAAAAAUAGAGAAACAAACAGAGGAAAUCCAACUGCAGGGCAAGAGGAUUGCUGAACUUGAAGAGAAGAUGAAGACUCUUCAGAAAGAGGAAGAUGCUCCUGACUUAUACACCACAGAGCAGCUGGAAAUUAGGUGCCUUCAGCUGCAGACCCAGGUCUGGGAGAUGGAGCAGUUCUUAAAUGACUAUGGACUGAUUUGGGUUGGAGAGAGACAUGAACAGACAGAAGAUUUAGAAUCACCCAAGGAUGAAGAAGAGCUGCCAGCAAGGAGCCUCUGGAAGCCAGGUGAUGCAGGAGUUGCCAGGCCCCAGGUUGACUUUGAUUUAAUCCUGGAGAAGGUGCAGGCUCUGAAUGCAGUGGCUGGGGAAGGCCCUUGGCGAGUGGAGCACGGGCCGGGGGGUGCGCGGCUGCAGCGGCCACAGGCCCUGCCCCUGGCGCUGUUCCGAAACGGCAUCGUCGUGGCCAACGGAGCCCUGCGGCCCUACGAGCACCCAGACACACAGCAAUACCUGCAGGACAUCAUGGAUGGUUAUUUCCCUUCAGAGUUGCAGACGUGCUACCCAGAUGGUGUCCCCUUGCAGGUCACUGACAGAAGGGACGUGGUAUUUCAGCAGAAACACCUUCCAGGGAGUUUUCCUGGCCAUGGCCAAGUGGUUGGCCAUUCAAAAUCCAGUGAGGUGCAGGAAACCACCACAAUUCCAGGCCUCAAGCUCUCCUCAGAGCAAUGCCUCAGCAGGCUUCCCAAGCCCUCAAAACAUGAAGUGAUGGAUAUCCAAGACUCACCCCAAGCAGCAGAGCAGGACUCUGACGGGGAGCGGAGCAGCAGAGAGAUCCUGGUCGAGACACACAGGCUGUCUGCCCUGGAGAGGGUGAAGACAGCUGAAGGGGCUGAAGCCUCUGCCCCUGCUGUCUGCAGCCUCCGCAUCAAAUCCGAGAGCGGGGAGCAGACGUAUGUCGUGAGGAUGCUGCUCACCGAGACCAUCGGGGACCUGCGCCAGCACCUCAGCCACGCCAGGGGUGGAGACUCUGACUCGUAUGAGAUCAUCAGCACCUUUCCCCAGAGAGUGUACACAGACAGCUCCAGGAGCUUGCAGGAAUGUGGCCUGACCCCCAAUGCCUCCCUGCUGCUGCGGAGAAGGGAUCCCUCCCAACAAGAUGGGAAGGGGCUGCAGCCAACUUAAGAGCUCCUGGCACAAGCUGCUUACUGAGAGGAGGAGCUGCCUGGCACCUCUAGCUGCAAUAUAACCUCCCCUGGCUGGGAAGAGAGGAGGGAGGCGUGUUUCUGGGUUUUAUUUCAUUGCGCCAUUACCUGGGAUGGAGAGAAGGGGCAGCAGGUGCCCAGCCCAGCCCUGCUGCCUCACA